GUUUCUUCAGGUUGCCUUGAGUUUGUAUUCUAGGAAAUAAUUGGCUCAGUGGCCGUUGAUGUAAAUGCAAGUCUUUGGCAGUUUUGAUGGUUUGAUAAAGCUGUGGAUUGAUUGUUACCAAUUCCUGCGGCAGCACUGGAUGCGGUCUUCAGGUUUUCACAGACAAUAUAGGAUUUCAUUCAAAGUCCUCAAAUUUCCGAACUAACGUAUUCAAAACAGGCAUACCCGUUCAGCAACCAAGAAAGAGUUUAAGGUUUUCUGAUGAAAUAUGUGGAGAAUUGGACUUUUGUUUUUAAUAAUGGGAGAUGGUAAUUGUUUGCCAGAUGAAUAUAUAUGGAUUUUGGCGACAAUUAGUUAGGAUGGAUAUCAUAUCUCAGCUACAAGAACAAGCGAAUACUAUUGCAUCCCUAGCUUUCAAUACUUUCGGAACACUUCAAAGAGAUGCACCGCCGGUGAGACUUUCCCCAAAUUAUCCAGAGCCACCUGCUAACACUACUACGGAAACCCCAGCUGAUAUUGCAGAACAACCCAAGCUCAUGAGUGCUUCUCUGGUUACGGCUGCAAAGCAGUUCGAUGAGUUGGAUUGGGCCCUUCCAGUGUCAGAAGGAGAUGAGGAAGCUCAGUUAAAACGUAUUGCAGAACUCCAGGCAAAAAAUGAAGAAGUUGGACAAGAACUCCAGAAUCAGCUGAAGGUGGCAGAAACAGAAUUGAGGCGGGUCCAAGGAUUAUUUAACGAAGCAGCAGACAACUGUUUUAGUUUGAAAAAACCUGAUUAAAGAGCAGUGAGAUCAACAGCCAGGGAUGUGCCUAGCAAGGGGCUAACCCGGGCUAUAGCCCGUCCCUAUUUUUGGCCCAAAAAAAAAAUCAUGUAGGAGAGUUUGUUAAAGAACACUAAUUUUGGGCAUGCCUAAA